AUGGAGGAGACCCGGGCCCAAACAUCCGGAUGCCCCCGAGCACGAGAGUCCCAGGAGAACCACCGCAGGGACAACCGCGGCCCCCACCCAGAAAAGGGCAGAGGAGGGCCCGGAGGGGGAUCAUCCGGCAGCCACAAUGCAGACGUCCCAGGGGGGCGUGGCGGCAAGCCCGCAGGUUCCGCCGGCAGCCGGCCACACCAGAGCAGACCGGCCCUGGGCCCGGCGAUCCAAGGGCCCCCACCCCCUAGCCGGGGCCCAGCAAAGCCAGGGGGCCAGGCCCCGCCAAGCAACCGCCGAGAUCGGGCCAGCGCUCACCCGAGCAUCCCCCCCGGAGCGAGAAACCACCAACGCACCGGCGGCCGGGGGCAUCCUCCACCGGCAGGGCGUGGUGGGGGGCCUGAGAUGAUGAACAUACAAAAAUGGACACAGUACCCACAAUCACACUUCCCAUUUGUACUCUAUACUCCUGGAUCCAGGCACCACUACCCCCAGAGGGGCAAUCAGCGCCAGACCCCGGAGCUGAACCCUCUUCACUCUGGCGUGGAGACAGGAAGACCACCCCGGUACCCCGCAGCAGCAGAGAAGACCACCAGCCCAGACCCCGACCGGAUGGCCAGCUCGUCCUCACAGCCCCCAGCCCCGGACAAAGAACAGAGAACAGGGGUGGCCACAAGGAGACAGAGGAGUACCACCUCCCCUGCAUCCCAGCAACACACCCGCACCCCAAAACCCUACCUGUAUGUUGGUGUGAUGGAGCGGGAGAAGGGAAGCAUUAGGGAUGGGGAGGAAAUCAUUGGAGGGGGCAAAGGGGUCCAGGCCCAUCCAGACCGGGGCCCAGGCCCAUCCAGACCGGGGCCCAGGCCCAUCCAGACCGGGGCCCACGGCAGCCCGGGCGGCCCACCGGACCCCACAGCAGAGGAAAAACUACCCCCACCCCAUCAUUCAGUCAACUCCCAGACUACAGAAGACAAUAGACACCCAGGUUAA